AUGGAGUCUCUUCGAGCUUCCUGCCACGGAACGCUGAGAGCCGUCCGCGCGUCUGACGCGGCCUUCGCCAGCUCCACUUCUCUCCUCGUGAAGAACGGCAUGUCUGCUUUUCUGCCCAGUUUUUCUCCAGCGUCCAAGCGCGUGAGGCCGCGCGAAGGUGACGCGGAGCGCAGCCAUUCCGUCUUGGUGGCGCAGAGCCGCGGAGAGGACGAGUCUUUCCGCGUCUACGUCAAGUCGCCCGCGCCUUCCGCGCAGAGCCCGGGGUACUCCGCGAGCCCGUCCUGCGGUUCGACUGGAGACUGCGGCGGUCGCCACAGUGUACAAUCAUGCGAAGGCGUCGCCAGCGGCUGCGUGGGCUGCAGCACGGUGUUGACAGGCAUCAGGACGCCGCUGAGGAAGGCCCCGCGCCAGAACUCUCUGCAGCGAAACCCCAGCCGAAGCAACAGCUGCUGCAAGCGAGCAGCUGCCGCAGAAGACGAGCCCAGCUUCUCCUUCACCCGGUGUGAGGAGAAACCCGCGCGGCUUCCGCCCCGGACCUCGCUCGCGCCCCUGGCGUCCGCGUCUUCCUCCUGUCGCCUGUCUCCCAGACAGAAGCCCUUCUCUUCUCUUGUAAACGACUACCGCACCGCCUCGCCUGCGCUCACUCAGAGCUCCGCGCGUCCGCGCGCCUCGCUUGUGCAGAGAAGAAGCGAGCCGUCGGCGGACGCCCCGGAGGCUAGCCGCGCAGAGUGCGGCGACUGGCGUCUCCCGCUGAGGGCGCAGCGGACCCUCGAAGCGCAGAGCGAGUCGAGGCAGACUGCCCUCGGCGAUGGCCUGAACCGCGCGAAGCUGCACCUGCCGAUUCGUGGACUGACUGAGCAGCGCGGGGACAUCCAGGAGGGCGAGUUGACUGCGGACGACCCGCCGAUGUCUGCGUCGCUCAGCCAGACCUCCACGAUGUGCUCCUCCUCGUCGCUGGCGAGCAGCCGAUCACAGACGAGUCUCUCCUCGUGCUGCGGCUGCAGCGACUUCUCCACUUACGGCUCAGGCCUCACGUCGACUGCGUCUUCGCCUCGCCUCGAUGACGGCGUGACGCCAACGCUUCUGCUUCGCUCGGGCUGCAAGGCGCUCCCCGCGUGCAGCUCGUGCGGCGGCGGCCGCGACAGCCUGACCGCGUCGCCCGCCUCUCUGUUCCCUGCUGCGACGCCCGGGAACGCGGCCCCCUGGAGUUGCAGCUGUCCCAGCACCGCCGUCGCGUCCCCACAUUUCAGCAGCCAAAGGAGCGAAGCCUCCUCGACCGCGAGCGUCCGCGCGGGGCUGCUCUGCCCGGCCGACGGUCACAGCGUACUCUCCGUCGACUGCUCGCCCUGCUUCUCGUUCGCGGACGAGCAGGGCGAAAAGCCCUUUCGCGGAGACCCCAUGCAGCAGCCGCUCGGCGUGGAACUGGAGCUCGUCUCGCAGUCGCUGCUGGCAACCGCCGCCGCAGUCGCGCAGGGCGAAGAGGCGGAGGCGCGCGAGAAGGCAGUCGACCCCGCGCCCGCGAAGAGCCCGCUUCGUCUGCAGCUGCCGAUCCCGGCGCGCGUCUCGCGCCCAGUUUCUCGCCAGCCGUCGCCCUCCUUGCGCGGCGAACCGGAGGCUGAGGGAGUGCCCAAAGUGACCCUGCCUGGAGUCGGGCGCGAGCGCUGCGGGUCGGCUCAGUCGCCCGAGUCCAGUCUCCUGUCUGUCCCUGCGAGUUCGCCGACUGCGAGUCCCUGCACUGCGCCCGCGGAGGGCGACGCCUGCGUGCCUUCGCCGUGCCGGUCUGUGGCCUCCGUGCCGACGGUCGCGCGCCGCCUGCCGACCUGUCUGCUUCCGUCGCUGUCUGAUUUUUCCACGGCCUCUUCGCCCGCGCCGCUUGCGGAGUCCUCGCCGCAGCCGGGCGCGCCAGCCGGCGCCAGCCAGGGCGCCUUCCUGAUGCUCCCCGACUCGCUCCUCUUCCCCUGGUCGGUCGACUACGAGGGCGCCGAGGAGGUGGAUGCCGCGCACCGCCAGGCGCAGCUUGCCAUUCAGCGCGCAGCCGCGCAGGCGCAGACUGUGGCGCGCCAAGCCGCUGCGCGUGCGGCGGCCAUCGCGGCGGCGCAGGACGCGGCGUCGAUCGCCGCGCGCCGGAGCUUCCUCGGAUACCGAAAGAUGUAUACCGAGUAUCCGGACCUCGCACGAAACAUCCACGAUGACUACGACCUCUUCUGCGCCGAGCCGCGCGGCUGGGCGUCGCCGGCGCCUCAGGCGACGGCUGGCCGCGCGGAGAAGCGUGUCGAGGUCGAAGAGGAGGCGCCUGGCUUUGCCUGCGACGAGGAAGAGGCGGCGACCUCGCUGUCGGUCUGCAGCACGCAGACGCCGGAGGAGGCCUCUUCCGACGAAGACCAGCCUUUCGCUUCCUCGCUCGCGCGACCCGCCCAGGCAGAGUUCUCCAAGCCGACGGUUCUCUCGCUGCUGAUGGCGCAGGGCGCGUCGGAAGGCUCCUUCGCCGCCGAACAGCACAGCGAAGAGACGGGCGCGGCCCGCAAGGCAGCGGAGGAGCCGCAGCCGCGCCAGGGAGCGGCGCACGUGCUCCUCGGCGAGGGACAGUUCGGGAAAGUCAUCAUCGCGGAGCACCGGGCUACGAAGCGCCCCCUGGCCGUGAAGAUGAUUGACAAGAGGAAACUGCGAGGCGCCGUCGCGGACGAGUGGAACUUCCGCAAGGAAGUCGAGAUGCACAGACGGCUCCCCGUGCACAGGAACGUGGCGACCCUCUGCGACGUCUACGAAGACCGGGACACGUUGUACAUGGUCAUGGAGCUCUGCGACCGCGCGAACCUCCUUGACAUGAUCGUGGAGGAGGGACCGUUCGACGAGGAUUUGGCCAGGACUAUCUUCUUCCAGAUUCUCGCGGCAGUCUUGCACUGCCACCAGCACAACGUGGUGCACCGCGACCUGAAACCUGAAAACAUCCUCUUUGCGCGCCAGUCGUCGGACACGGUGACUCUCUGCGCGGCCUGCGCGGCGGAGAGAGACUCCUCGGUCGCGGCUGCCGCCGCUCCUGGGCGGGUGGAGUGCGGUGCGAAGCGCUCUCCGCGCCGCGACGCGAGCGUGUCCACUGCCGAGAAGUCCGCUGCCUUCCCGCCGCUGGUCUUCGGCGCGGAGACGGGGGAUGGAGACGCUGCGGAUGCAAAGGGCCGAUGCCGCUCCGCGCGGUGCUCUGCGUGCGGCGCGGUGUGCAACAAGACCGAGGCACAGAGCGAGAAGAAGCAGUCGCAGCGCGACUUCCUCAGAAACGCCACUGUGAAAUUGAUCGACUUUGGCGCUGCGUGCGCCUCUGCCAGGGGUCAGCUCCGCGGCACGACGUGCGGCACUGUCCACUACCUGGCGCCCGAAGUUCUAAUGGGCAACUACUAUGACGGCUUUGCCAGCGACGCGUGGAGUCUCGGAGUCAUUCUAUACACCAUGCUCGCGGCCGCGCCGCCUUUCAACGCGCACACUGACGCGCAGUUGACCCGACAAAUCACGAGAGGAGACUAUCGCAUGAGCGGUCCUGUGUGGUGGCGCGUCUCUGCGGAGGCAAAAGACCUCGUCAGUCGCUUGCUCGCAGUGAACCCGCAGAACAGAAUGCGCGUCGAGGAGAUCGCGCACCACCUCUGGGUUCAGCGCGUCACUCCGCCGGGUCUGCCCUCGUGCUUCCUUAACAACCCGCACUGCCUGUCGUCUCUUGCGAGUGCGGCGGCAGCCAUGCCUCGCUCGGACCUGGAGCUCCUCACCUCGCCGGUCUGCGCUUGUCGCCCCGUCGCUUCUUCCCUGCCCCCCGCCCUGUGCGGAGAGUGUGGGCUCCUGAGUGCCUAG